GGGAUCUCGCAACCGAGAGAUACACUGUUCUCAUUCUUGGAUAAACCAGCGCUGGCAAAAGCAGUCUCAUUAACCUCUUACUUAGCAAACGCAUUAUGCCAACUAGUAUCAAGCAGAGUACAUUGACUAUAUGUGAAAUAUCAUAUGGAGUGACCGAAGAGGCUGUCCUGCACUUGGCUAAUAGAAGCAAGCCAUCUCGUGUCCUUACCGGGGAGAGAUUUUACGAGUAUGAAGAUUACAUUCAAAAACCAAUAGAGGAUGAAAACUGGUGCGAGAAGAUAGAGAUCAGGAUUCCAAAUCCACUAUUAAAGGGUGGUGUAGUGAUCGUGGGCAGCCCUGGAAUUGGCGAUUCGGAGCGUGUCAGUGAAAUCACCUUGAAAUACUUAUGUCGAGCCUACGCCUUUAUUAACGUGAUAAGCACUCCAAACGCUGGAGGAUUACAAGAGGACAGGGUAAACUUGAGACUCGUUUUUUGUCUUAUAAAUUGUGGAGGAGUUACAUUAUACUUAUUUUACCACAAGGUAUGUGUCGCUUAUAGAGACACACCACCCGAAUUUAAUAGUUUCAACAAAAAUCCCCGUACCAAACACGUUUUUCUAUUCUUUAAAUUAAGUUUUCGCGAUAAAUCUUUCAGCUGAUGCCGAUCUUGAGCGAAUGGAUGGGACUCUACAAGGGAAAAGAUGGUUGUGGUAUCACUUUCGAAUCUGCUAUUUUCGUCUGUAACAAGUGGGACGAGGUGGAAAAGCAAUCUAACCGAAAUUAUAACAUAACCAAAGUAAAGCGCGCGCUCUGAUUGGUCAAUUGAGC